AUGAAGUCAAAACAUAAGAGUCGAUCACCUUUAACGAAUGUUGUUCGCAAACCACAGGUUUCGCAUCAAGGAGUUAUCUUUCGUGAUAUUCCUGCCCCUACUUCACCAUCUUCUAAGAAGAGAAGGGAGACUGAUAUGGCCAAACACAUAUCGAAGAAGAAGAAGAAGAGUAGGAAAGAUUCUUCUCAUAUUGCAUCAACUGAUGUAAUACCACCCGAAGUUUCGGUUGCCAAGACAGAUUCUGUGGAGGCACGAACUUUUGACAUUUUUGUAAACAUAUCCGAUAUGGAUGCAAAUGUCAAAAUGGGUGAGGGUGCUUCACACACUGGAGACAAAGGUAAACCUUCGGAUGUUACCCCAGAUAAUAUUGUUUCUUUACCUCCACAGCUCACACCUGUUAUUCCUACUACAUCCACAGCUGAUUCUCCUACCUUUGAAAACAUCAUCAAAAAACCAAUCACAUCACUUUUUCUUCACAAUCCACUGAUCCACCUACCACCACUUCACCAAUUCAAGAUUCUUCUUUCAUGGAAACUGAACAUGAGUUUGAAGGUUUUGGAGGGACAUUUGAAAAUCUAG